AUGGAUAAUAAAUCGCUAGUUAUUUACAUAAGAGAGGAUGAUGAACUAUAUACAAAAAGGAAGACUGAAAAUGAAGAUAUUGUUCCAUAAUUAAAAUAAUAGUCUUGUUAAAUUGGAAAGAAGAUUAAAAGAGGUUAAUUACUUUGGAAAGAGUUUUACAAAAAAGAAUUAAUUUAGAAUAAAUAGAAAAAUCCUUAUGCCACUCAUAAUGAAUUAACUUCCAUGAUAUCAAAAAAAUGGAAAAAAAAGAAAUAACAUAAGCAGAAACUUGACUAAUUAAGAUUGAAAAUAAAGCAAGAACAUAUUAUUGAAUAUACUAUUGAAGACAAUAAUGCUGAGGAGAUGCCAACUAAUCAUAAACAAAAUGAUGACAUUGUUGAAAAAAUUAGAAUUUAAACUUUUAAAUUAAUUUACUUAAAUACUAUUUUUGAUCUCAAAGGAGAGGCAAUUUUAGAGGCAAUUAAAGAUAAUAUGCAAUUCAUUUGCAUAAAUAAAUCAUAUGAGAAUAAUUAGCUAGAUAAUAAAGAUUUCAAUCAAUCUAAAGUGACACAAAAUAAAUAGAAAGGUCAAGAGAAAAAAGUAGUGCAAAUUUAAAAGGAUUCUGAAGAUGAAAUUGUAAUUGAUGAAAAUGAGACAAACGUUAAAUAAUUGAAUAAAUCGUGA